UUGCAUCGCUGAGCAGUGCUCAGCACGGACACCCAGGCACGGCACGACCCAGCGCACAACGGACCUGGCUCCGCCGAGAUAUUUAUGUUUUCCUUUUAUCAGGCGAGAAGCAUGAACCGAUAAAGAGCCCGACGUCACCAUGGCAGCUGGAGAGUGAAGGGGGGCUUGGAUCGUGAGGAGGAGGGGAGUGACACUGCUGGUGUGUUGGGGGUGGCCUCUUCAUCCCGGUGAACAGCUUUCGGGCGCGGAGCGCUCCCGGACGCACGUAUGAUGAUGGACGGCUGGCCGCCUCUGCUGCUGCUGCUGCUGGCUCUUCUCGCCAUUGCGGGGGGCAGCCUCGGGGCAGACACAGAGGAGCGGUUGGUGGAGCAUCUCCUAAACCCAGCCCACUACAACAAACUGAUCCGUCCUGCGACUAAUGGCUCCGAGCUGGUUAUUGUGCAGCUGAUGGUGUCCUUGGCCCAACUCAUCAGUGUGCAUGAAAGAGAGCAGGUGAUGACUACUAAUGUCUGGCUAACUCAGGAGUGGCAGGACUAUCGUCUGACGUGGGUCCCAGAGGAGUUUGAUGGAAUGAGGAAGGUCAGGCUGCCCUCAAAACACAUCUGGCUGCCUGAUGUGGUGCUUUACAACAAUGCUGAUGGGGUGUACGAGGUGUCGUUCUACUCUAAUGCCGUGGUCUCCUACGAUGGCAGUAUCUUCUGGUUGCCCCCAGCCAUUUAUAAAUCAGCCUGUAAGAUCGAGGUCAAGCAUUUCCCCUUCGACCAGCAGAACUGCACACUGCGCUUCCGCUCCUGGACCUAUGAUCGAACUGAGAUCGAUCUGGUGCUCCGCUCUGACGUGGCCAGCAUGGAUGACUUCACACCCAGCGGGGAGUGGGAUAUCAUAGCCCUGCCAGGGAGACGAAACGAGAACCCAGCUGACCCCUCUUAUGUGGACAUAACGUAUGAUUUUAUCAUUCGCAGGAAGCCUCUUUUUUACACCAUAAACCUCAUCAUACCAUGUGUGCUCAUCACCUCACUGGCAAUCCUGGUCUUCUACCUGCCCUCAGACUGUGGAGAGAAGAUGACGCUCUGCAUCUCAGUGCUGCUGGCUCUCACUGUGUUCCUGCUUCUGAUUUCAAAGAUUGUCCCACCCACCUCACUAGACGUCCCUCUGGUGGGGAAGUACCUGAUGUUCACCAUGGUCCUAGUCACCUUCUCUAUUGUCACCAGUGUGUGUGUGCUCAACGUGCAUCAUCGCUCACCUACCACACACACCAUGCCCCCCUGGGUUAAACUGGUGUUCCUCAACAAGCUUCCUGCCCUGCUCUUUAUGCGCCAGCCCAGGAACAGCUGUGAGCGUCAGAGGCUACGCCAAAGAAGACGGGCCCAGGAGCAGAAGGAGGGUGGGCGCAGUGGGGAGGCAGGGGCCUUGAUGGUGGGACUUGGUCUGGGCGGUGCUGGUGGGAAUGGAGGGGGAACCUCCACUGGGUUUUUUGGCAAGAAGGACAGUGAUCCUUGUACCUGCUAUGUAAACCGGGCUUCUGUGAAACAGUUUGGAGGGGAUCUGGGAAGUGCAGGAGGGGGAUCCAUGGAUGCUCUGAACAGGACGAGAGAGGGCCGGGAAGGGGGCUCUGGAAUCUCGCCAAAGGGGAAGCAAGGAGCAGGGGGUUCUGCUCUGACCCAAUCGCUGCCGGCUCAAGCCUGCCCAGGUUUUGAGGAGGCUGUGGAAGGAGUACGUUUCAUUGCCAACCACAUGAAGAGUGAGGAUGAUGAUCAAAGUGUAAGCGAGGACUGGAAGUAUGUUGCCAUGGUGAUCGACCGCCUCUUCCUGUGGAUCUUUGUGUUUGUGUGCGUGUUCGGCACAAUGGGCAUGUUCCUGCAGCCACUCUUCCAGAAUUACACAGCCAAGACCAUCCUCCAGGCUGACCAUUCCUCAGCCACAAGCACGUUGACAGACAGCUCCCCCCCAACUAGUCAUCACAGCAGGACAACGGUCGGACAUGGGAUGGGGUGGGGGUUGGGGGAGCAAGUCUGGGUUUUACUCUAUCUGUGGAACUAGAACCAGAACUAGAACUGAACAGCAAUCACACCCAUUACCUUUAUAGUAAUGUUGUUUGCAACAAACAACAGUUUUUCUUGUAUGAAGAAAAAGCUAAACACCAUCAUACUCUGACCUGCAGUUUUUCCUCCAGAUGUUUGAUGGAGUGACCUCCCGUUUCUGGUGGAAGGGGCCCUCUCUGCUCUCCUCUUCAGCCAGGAUGCUAUGAUUUACUCCUUGUUGAACCUUAGGCCAGCAAUCAAUACUUUCCCCUUGAUGCUGACUGACUUGACACAUGACAUUCCCGCCCUCAACUAUGACAUCCCUCGCUCAUUCACAAUACUGAUUGAUGUCAGUAGGAGCAAAUCUGAAAGGGAAGGGAGGUUCAUAUCAAGGUAUGCAUUAUACAUUUAAUUUAUUUUUUCAGAGAUCCACUAUUGAGUGUAUUUUAUCAUAGCAUAGCAACGUAUCACAGUAUAGCAUUGAGUAGAUGUACUGUAUUAUUAAGAUUUCUCUAUGUGUUAGCUCAUGAAAGGGACAGAAAAGCCAAGGUACUGCACACCCUGUGGUGCACACAUUACACACAGUGUGUAUAAGACUGCGAUGGAAAAUAUAUACAGGGUAUUUGCAUUACAUAAAGAGCCAGGCUGCAUUAUUAAAUGAAAGUCACAGGGAUAAAGUCAUAGAUUACACAUGGACAGUUUAUUGCUUAGAGAGUUGUGCACAGUAAGUAGAGAAUGACAGUAGCCUGCUGUGCCAGAGCGCACAGCUGCAGUGAAAUGAGUCUAGCUCCUGAGAAAUCUGAGCCAAGAUAGUGGAAUAGUGGUCAGUGGAAGAUGAUUUUCCCAAGAUGGAAUAUUUAGAGCUCUGAGGCAAAUAUUAAUAUGGAAAAGAGUUACAUGUAAAUCAAAAUAUACUGGUGGAAUGAUGUGGAUUUUAAUAUGGAAAUGAAGCUAUUAUCUGUAUUAAUAUGUAAUUUCACAGCUGGUUAUUUUCUGUCACAUCAGAGUGUCACCUGUUCCUCCUUACUUUGUUUACUCCUCUCCUCUCCUCCAUACAUAUUUCUGCAGUGGAUUGUGUUCAUGUACGUAACAUUAAGGUCAUUGGUAUACAUGUAUGAGUCUGAGAAUGUGUGCCCUGUACCUAAUGCAUUGUCACACGUGUCAGAUACAAUGUUCAGAAGAGUAUGUGUCUGUCCGUCCGUCUCCCCCCCCACCACCACCACCAACCACCACCACUACCAAUCUAGUUGUCCAUGGACAAACACAUUUCUGACAUGUAGUCAGUUAUAGUUAUGAUAACAGUCUCUAAACAUCUAUUCAUUAAGGCAGUUUUCAUUUUUCUCAUGGACUGGCUGUCUUAUUUCCACAGCACAAGGAGAUGAAUUAAAUUUGUAGUAAACAAGCAAGAAAUUACAACAUGGAAACCACUGAAACACCCAUAUCAGGCAAUAAGUUAGAAGUGCAAAUUCACAAGUAGAAAUUAUGAAGAAAAUUGCAGUAUACAAUGUUAAAUAGUGUAAAUAUGUUUGACUUUUUAAUGACAUUGCAGCUGAGGUACAACAGAAUGACAAAAUGGAUAAUCUGACCACCACAAGGCCAAGCACAAUCCAGAUAGUGAGGAGGAAUAAAGGAGGAGAAGCUGUCAGUGUUGUGACUGCAUAGGAAUCUUUGAGAAAAAAAAAAGCUGUCUAAUCCUCAGUCACUGUCACUCUCUGUGAGUUUCCACAGCUUUUUAUGAUCGUGUGGCCAAGUCUGCAGCUCAACUCAGUUCUGGACUGGGAGCUGUGUGUAUGUGUGUGUGUCUUUCUGCCUCUGGAGGAUGGGAUUACUCAGGGGGAUACCCAGCAGAACCUGAACAAGUAUGAAAAGCCUAUCAGAGACCUGUGAAAACUGUAGGCCGCACGGCUCCACAUGGACAAAGUGCUGCUAUCCACUCUUUUUUCUCUCUUUUUGACCUUUCCAUUCUCCUUCCUUUCCUCUCACUUCCUCCCUCAUUAUGCGCACUCAGCUCUCACCUUCUCCUUCCUGAGUCUCUAAUCUGCUCCUGUGCACACCUUAACCGGUCCAAUAAAGGUUGUAGGUUCAGAUUAAUCAACGCUUGUGUCUGUCAUUGUAUCUGUCUGUGUUCCAUGUUUAACUCUCUCUGUAAAACACACACACAUACACACACACACACAAAUAUAAUUUAUAGCCUGUAAAUUACUGUAUUACCCAGACUUCCCAUUAAUCUUAUAGCACAGGAUA